AUUUAGGAGAAUGGAAAAAGCUAAUCUUAUUUAGUUCACAUUGUCUUUUCACUACAGACACAGUCUAAUUAUAUUGUCUCGGCAGAAUGAAGGUUUUGCUUGUUGUCAGCGCUCUUGUGGCUCUGGCCACUGCGGCCAGAAUCUCUUUGGAGGACCUGGAGUUUCAUGCCUGGAAACUGGAAUUUGGUAAGAUCUAUAAGUCUGCAGAGGAGGAGUCUCAACGUAAGAAUACAUGGCUAGAAAAUCGCAAGCUGGUUUUGGUACACAACAUGCUGGCUGACCAGGGCAUUAUGAGCUACAGACUUGGCAUGACCUACUUUGCAGACAUGAACAACCAGGAAUACAGACAGUCUGCUUUUAAGGGCUGCCUGGGAGCCUUCAACAAGACCAAGAAACACAGUGCAGUAACAUUCCUCCGACAGGCAGGAGGAGCUGUUCUGCCAGAUACUGUUGACUGGAGGAACUAUGGCUAUGUGACUGAGGUUAAAAACCAGUUGCAGUGUGGUUCUUGCUGGGCCUUCAGUGCGACGGGGGCACUGGAGGGUCAGACAGUCAGGAAAACUGCAAAACUGGUGUCACUCAGCGAGCAGCAGCUAGUAGACUGCUCUUGGAAAUUUGGUAACAUGGGCUGUAAUGGAGGCUGGAUGGACUGGGCCUUUGAAUAUGUAACUGAAAAUGGUGGAUUGGACACAGAAGACUCCUACACCUAUGAAGCUCAUGAUGGAUCUUGCAGAUAUAAUCCAGACACUGUUGGAGCCACCUGUACUGGCUUUGUGGACAUAAACAGUGGAGAUGAGAAUGCUUUGCAGGAAGCCGUGGCCACCAUCGGACCCAUUUCUGUUGCCAUAGAUGCAGGCCACAUGUCCUUCCAGCUCUAUGAAUCAGGUGUCUAUGAUGAACCUGACUGUAGCAGCACCGAGCUGGAUCAUGGCGUCCUGGCUGUUGGUUAUGGGACUGAUAAUGGACAAGAUUACUGGCUGGUCAAGAACAGCUGGGGCCUUCAGUGGGGACAUAACGGCUAUAUCAAGAUGUCAAGGAACAAGAAUAACCAAUGUGGCAUUGCCACAAAAUCCAGCUAUCCUCUGGUUUAAAGGUGUGAACAAUAAAGGUUACUAACUAUGA